AUGUUAGAAAAAAUAUUAGAUCUAAUUACCUUUAUUGUGUUAAUUUAAUAUAACUUUUAGGAUGUAGAAUUUCUCCCUCAUGUUACAGAUUUUUUAGAUUCACUUACUACAAGAAAUUUAGAAAUAACUUUCUCCCCAAGAGGUUAUUAAAAUUAUCAGUUGAUUAAAGAUUUUUAUAAUAUAUAACUGAUACCUUUAUUUAGGUACUUUAUAAUAAUAAUCAAUCUUGUUUCAUAUGUUUAUAGUUUCUAAUAGCAAACUUCAUUUGGAUUUGAAUAAGGGUUAUAGAUUCUAAUCUUAAUAAAUUACAAAUAUUCCUUUAAAAAUUAAAGCUUUAAAGUUUCCAAAAUUGGAUUUUGA